AUGGGAGAGGUUGCCAGGAAAAAGAUCAUUGUGGCCCUGACUGGCGCAACCGGUGCCGCGAUAGGCAUUCAUGCCCUCUCAAUUCUUCGACUACUAAACGUCGAAACACAUCUUAUCAUCAGCAAAUGGGCCGGCGAGACGAUCAAGUAUGAAACGGAUUACACGCCGGCCGCUGUCCGCGCCCUGGCCGAUCACACCUAUAACUCCAACGACCUAGCAGCACCUAUCGCCAGCGGCUCAUACCACAUCGACGGCAUGAUCGUGGCGCCUUGCUCCGUCAAGACAUUAGCGGCCAUCAAUGCUGGCAUCUGCGAUGACCUAAUCACUCGGGCCGCAGAUGUCUGUCUCAAGGAACGGAGGAGGCUGGUGCUAUCCGUGAGGGAGACACCACUUAGCGAGAUUCACUUGAGGAAUAUGAUGGAAGUUACGCGGGCCGGUGCUAUCAUUGCACCUCCUGUGGUGGGAUUUUACACGCGACCAGACUCGGUGGAGGAUAUCUUGGAUCAGAUGAGAUGGGAGGGGAUGCGAAAAGACGGCCUCUAA